AUGACCCCCUUCCAAAGUGAACUAAGAGCAUUACUAACAAGAGUGUUGUCAGAAAGAAGAAAUAUGCCUGAUGUUGCUGAUGCUAGGUAUACUGCUAGAGGUGUAGAGCAACUUGGAUUUAAGCACUCUUCUGAAAUAUUUGUUGACUCAUUCAUUGUUGAGGUUGUUGUUGAGAAAUGCAGUGAAUCAGAUAUAAAGGUGAAGCAGAAGUCAGCUAGUGUUAGAUUGCAUAAAGUAUUUGGAGAAGGUUUUGGUUAUAAGUAUGUUAGAAGCAAGAUUAGUGAGCAAUAUGGACCAGUUGCUAUUUACAAAGUAUCUACCCCAAACAUUGCAAUAACUAGUUCUUUGUUAACAGUGAAGUUUGCUACUAUGGCUGAUCACAAAAUAUUUCUACAGAAUUAUGACAUCACAAUGGAUUGUAUGAAUAUCUCAUCUAGAAAUAUUAUCUAUAAAUACCUUUUAGAAAGAGGAGUUGAAAAGAAAGAUGUUGUAGAUGAUUUACACAAGUCUGGCUCUAACUGUAUUAGCUGGUUUACAAAGAAAGGAGAUGUUAAAGUUAAGAACAAAAUUUAUAACAAGUUUAUUCAGCUUCUUGAGAGUGGUGAAGUUCGUAAUCCUCUUAGUUCCAAACUUUCUGAAUUUGUAAUGCCAACUUUGCACAACUUUGGAGAAACAUUGUAUGCUUGCAGAAACUCUGGUUUGACUAGGAUAGAACUAACUGUACAUUCUUCUCAGAUGCAAACAGUUGAAUGGAAUAGUAACUUGCUUCUUAACACAGUUCAGUUUAUGAAUGAAUGCAGAACAUUUGCAACUUCUUAUGAAAAGCAGUGGAAAGCACUUGUUGAUAAAGUUAGUAGUUGUUAUACAGUUUGCAUUUAUGUGAGACAACAGCAUACUCUAGCAUAUUGUCAUUGGUUUAACUCUAUCACAUCAAAGAAGCAAGGAAUUAUUAAGAAACUAAACAAGAAUGAUGAUCCAAUGGUAGUUGUUGCUAAUCUCUCAUUCAACAACAGACCUACACUUUAUCAAAUAUAUGAUUCACUUGAGAGUGGUCUUGAAACAGAAAAAGUUCUUAGAAGAGUUGAUGAGAAUAUAACUAUUGUUCCAAGUCAGAGAAACUCCUUCUGGUCAACUUAUCCUACAACUAAGCAGUAUCACACUUUUGAAGAGAUGGGAUUAGUUAACUAUAAAGGAAUGCAUAUUGGUUGGAUAGAUAGUAAGCAAGCAAAGAGUAAGAUAUGUCUAUCAAAAAUGUCAGAGGAUAAAUAUUCUGCAAAAGAGGAAAACAUCAAUGCAUUAACAACAGCAAUAGACAAUAUCACACUUGAUGAAACUAGCCAUAUAUUUAUCAAAGAGAAUACAGAUCUGAAACCUUCAUUGUAUAGAGUUGCUUACAAUGUUCUUCAGUUAGGUGAUGAAUUUACAGCUACACAUUAUGCACUCCAUACUUUUAGAGGACAUUCAUACUUCUAUGUUGAUAUUCUUAUUAAAGGGAGAGAUAAACAGCCAACUCUUAUUAGGACACCAGUUGACAGUUCUAUUGGAAAAGCAAUUUCUCAACAGUUAGGAGAAAGAAAGCAACAAAUAUAUCUAAGAGUUAUAAGUGUGGGAUAUAGAACAAUCACAGUUGAAUAG